AUGGCCCUCGCACUCGACUCAACCACUCAGCUGGAACAGCGAGCCGCACCAGAAGGCAUACUAUACACAGGCAGUCGAGACGGUCAGGUCAUCUCCUGGGACUUGGGUCUCCCAUACAGAAAGAGGCACGCUCAGCCCCAUGGGCAUCCUAACAGGUGGGAACGGUUGACUAGCAUGGUAGAUGAAACUUGGGACGACGAUGCGGAAGAAGAAGAAGAAGAACGCCGUGAUGGUGACGUAUUGGGGGAUGUAAAGGAGAGCGGAGCAAGGAGGUGGAAGGACAGGCGCAACAAGGGCGGAGAAAUGCCGUACGAGCAUCAAUGGGAACUUGAUAUGGACGCACACGAAUUUCCCUCGCGGCCUCAGUUCCGACAGUGCGUCCAAUUGCACACAGAUUGGAUCAACGACAUCCUUCUGUGUAAUUACAACCAACUAGUCAUUUCCGCAUCGUCCGACGGGACCGUGAAAUCAUGGAGCCCCCACGCGGACACGUUCACAGAACCUUCAACUAUCGGCUUUCACGCGGACUAUGUCCGUUGUCUCGCGUUAAGUCGUGAACGGAAUUGGGUUGCAUCGGGAUCGUUUGACCGGACCAUCAAACUUUGGGACCUCACCCGUACAUCAUCCGCACCGGAACCCCUCCUGACGUUGAAUCCGCCUGACCCAGCUGUGUCCAAGGCAUCUGUGUACUCUCUGGCGGUAGACCCUUAUGGCCACAUCGUUGCCAGCGGUUCUCCCGAACGCGUCGUCCGGAUGUGGGAUUCCCGUUCAGGGAAGCGCGUAGGGAAACUCGUUGGACAUACGGAGAAUAUUCGUGCAAUAUUAAUAUCCGAAGAUGCGAGAUAUCUCCUCACAGGCUCUGCAGAUGCUUCCAUCAAGCUUUGGUCACUUGCUUCUCAGCGCUGCUUGUACACUUUUACGUAUCACACAGACUCUGUUUGGGCCCUACACUCUUCACACCCAUCAUUGGAAGUAUUUUACUCUGGAGAUAAGUCAGGCAUCGUUUGCAAGGUAGAUGUGGAGGACUGCGGAGAUGUCACCGAUGGUGCAUGCAUUGUCCUUUCGCGAGACCCUUGUGGCGAGACUGGCGACGGUGUUAACAAAAUUGUCGCUGCCGACGACGGGUUACUCUGGACCGCAUGUGGAAGUUCUACCGUAAGCCGGUGGAAGCUUCCCAAUCGUGUUCAUGAGCACUCCGUAGAAGGCAGUGGAAACCUAGCGCCCGAUCCCUCAGCUACCACUAAACGAAGGAAGCGUGUUUCGCUCGGAACCGAUUCGGCCUGGUUACCAUCUUCGCCAUCACGCCAUCACGGUAGAGAUAAAGUGUCGUCGUACCCGGGGGUCCCAUGGGGAGCUUUGGUUCAACUUACCUCACCGAAUGGGCCCUACACUCCUUCGUCGUUUGUAACGAAAGCUCGUGAUGCGGAGGUAGCCACUCUUUACUCCGCUGCUUCCAUUGUGUCUGUUCCGGGGGGACCAUCCGUGUUCGGAACAGCGUUGCAGCAAUCCUCCGCAGUCGUACCGCCGUCGAGCACGCUACGAAGCAUGAAGAGUUUGGCUUCGAUAUCAAACACGGAUCAUGAUCUGUCGCAUGACAAUCGCCCACUCCACGAGAUACCCGAGCUAGCUCCCGACGCUGAACCAUACAAUGCGGCUCCUGACUCCGUCAUCCCAGGUUCACACGGCCUCGUGAGAGCGAUCUUGCUCAAUGAUCGCAUGCACGCUCUGACAGUGGAUACGAAAGGUGAAGUUGCAGUGUGGGAUAUUGUGCGCGGUAUCUGUUGUGGGAAGUACACCAAGGAAGACGUUCGAGCUGCCAGUCGGUGUGGAAGUGCGAAGGGCAGUGCACGUUCGAAAGGGAGCGAAAGCGCAUUUGGAGAGAAGGAUAUAAGCCCCAGAGAAGCGCUCGAAGUUGUCCGAGAACGAAUUGAGGGAGAAGCUGUCAUCUCAUCUUGGUCAUCUGUGGACACUAAAGCUGGCGUACUUACAGUUCACCUCAACGAGAGGUGUUUCGAUGCUGAAAUUUAUGCUGAUGAAGCGGGUUUUGAACCCAAACAUCUUGGUGACGAACAAAGGAUUAAUAUAGGGAAGUGGGUACUGCGCAACUUGUUCCUUGGGUUCAUUCGAGAAGAGCAGCGAAUUCGAAGGAGGCGGGAGGGCAGCGUUUCUGACUCAAACCUGAUCACUCAUACCAAUCUGCAUCGUGAUCUGGCGCCCACGCAUAUGGACAUUCACCAUGAUGCAUCGAGUUCUACCGGGAGGCGCUCCACUUCAGAGGUCUCAAGUCGGUCAUCCACUCGCACAGCUAUCAGCACUGUAGUCUUUACAUCGCCACACGCCACGCCAGCCAUUCUUCCUUCCGUACCAGCAGCCACGAAGGUUUUACCACUAUUACCACCCAUGAUUCCUUUGUCCACCUCUAAUACUGGUCAAUCCCAGGUGCCCAUCACUCGAACACAUGCUUCAUCCAACGAUCGAACUCCGAUGCCCAUUCGAACUCACGGUCUCGACGCACCACCACCGUACACUGCUUCUCACGACAGUGAUUACUUCACUUUCCGCUCCCAGCAACCAUCCGCUGCGAAUGUUGCAGUAGCUGGGGGUGAAUUACCUGGUAGCAACGACCCAAGCAGUCCUACGAAAGUGGGCGCCGACAGUCCAACAUCGGCCACUCCUGGCACUCCGAGUACGGGAGGUUUCAUGGGCCUGUUCAAAAACUUUGGUAAGGCGCCUGGCCGAAGGUCGGUUGCUGAGGCCACCCCAGGUUCCCCGGUAGCGGGGGGCGCUGGGAGUCUGAAGGACGUCUCGACCCUUCCUGAGGAGCACGAGACGAAGAUGACCAGGACACCUGCACAAAUCCUCCUCUCAAACGCCAUCUCACCCCCGUCAUCUAGUGAAGUGCCGACACUCGCUUUACCCCCAAGUAUAACUGUUAUGAUAUGUGACGAAUAUUAUCCUGGGUGGAGGACCAUUUAUAGGGCGAGUGUCUCAAACAUGUCCGAUACGUAUGCACUAGAGGAGGCAUUGCCUCUCUGGUUGCUGGAAUACCUCCUGAUGAAUCGGGCGCCGCCACCACCUAACAUCAAGCUCAGCUUCGUCCUCCUGCCCUGGCCUAAUCCGGAGCCCGGGGGUGUACAAUUACCAGAACUUUUGAACACCGCACAUUCGAAGCUGACUGCGAGCAGAUUUCUCAGAGUGAGGAAGUUGACCCACCACGUGCAAGAAAAAUUGGAGAAGCUUUCGGGGCCGCCCGGGUCGCCCGGGUCGCCAGCAAUGUCCUUCUCGCAUCUAGAACUAAUGGCUCCUAACAGGCAGCAUCGAGCUAGGGCUGAGGAAGUCUACGAGAUCUUAUGUAACGACUCGGUGCUUCCACUGAACAUGACAUUGGGUGCUGUGCGGCACUACUUUUGGAGACAUUCUUCGGAGCUGGUCAUGCAUUACCGCUUGCGCAGGCGCCAGUCAGUAUACUGCGAUACCAGUACUUCUGUUGACCAGUAG